AUGGUCUCGGGGAGAAGCCACGCUCGCAACCCCAGCGAAGCGACGACGAUGAAGCCUUCCCUGCUGCUCGUCGCUCUGGUCUGCGUCGGAGCCUCCUGGGCUCAUCCCCCAGCGGUGCUUGGAGGAACGGGAGGAAGACCGGGAUUCCCUCCCUUCCAUGCACGACCUGAAUUUCAUGGGUCAGAACACGUCGUGGAAUGGGGAGGAAUGUCGAAGAUGGACACACUCUUCCAUGAUCACAACGUACUUGGGAACCUUGAAAAGGUCUGGGGAGAGUUACGGAAGCAUAUGACCGGAUUCGGGACCAUGAUCCGGGUGAUCCAGGCUUUCGUGGCCCAGAAUCCCUGGAAUUGGGACUCCGGAACCUUAAAUGCAUUCGUGGAUGGGGUCUUCCUUCUUCCUUUCGCGCCUCCCGAGCUUCGUACGGCGGCCCGGAAUAGUCUCUUUUCGAACGCCAUCACCAAAGCGAACAUCGACAAGGCCAUCGCUGCAUUCCAGGCCAUCGUCAAGGUUCUUCCCGUAGACUCCGUCGUCGCCGGAUGGGUGAAUAAUAUCGUGCAGGAACUGCGGGAGAGCAAGAGCGUGACCGAGAUCUUGGUUAAGAUGCUGAAGCCAGGGGAGAGCGUAGAUGAUUACUCGAUGAAGCGGGAUGCAGCACUUGCCCAGCUCGGGAAGAGCCCGGGGCUGGAGGUGAUGCGGGAAUUCCUGUCUUACUCUGCAGUUCCAGUGCCCGAUCCACGAGGUGUAUACUUGGGGAUGCUGCGCUGGGACUCGCAGGCAUCCGUGGAUGCGGGUAACACCCAGGCGCUGACCUCGCCAACUCCGGAAUUGGGGGCUUUCUUCGGCACCUUCGAUCCUAAAGCUUACGUCGAAAUGAGACAGAUCGAGGGACCGUAUUUCGACCUGGCUACCGUGGCAAAAGGAGGGCAGGUUUUGGUGGUUGCCAUCAGACAGGUGAAUAAGACCGACGAGGCUCAAUUCCAGCUCCUCCGUAGACGAUACGAGAGACUUCUCGCUUCUCAAAGUGGAGUCCUCCAGAUUUCCGAGUUCCAAGUCAUCAGAGACAGCUUCUUGCCGAGCAACGCGGAUCCGAACCCGAUGAACCUGAAGGUGGGGAUCGUGGUCGCACAGAGCAAGGACAAGUGGCAGUCGGCCGUGAACGCCUUGAGCAGGGAUCCCGUGACUACGGCUUACUUUGCCACCUUCACCCCGGUGGCUUAUCAGUAUACCGUUGCAGCCUGAUCCGACGUUUGAUUCACAGACAAGUUCGACCCAGAAGAAUAAAGUCUGAUUUCAUCAGAGCAUA